AUGGAACCAAUCUCUGGAAAUUCUAGUCAAGUAUAUAUUGUCACUGGUGCAACAUCAGGUUUUGGAUGGAUUUUAGUAUACAAGUUGUUGACUGCUGGACACUCUGUUGUAGCAACUACCAGAAACAAGGUCAAGUUGGAUCAAAAGGUAGCUGAUUAUUUCAAGAAUGAUGAGAAUGUCUUAAAGCGUUAUUUGGGUUGCCAGGUUGAUCUUGCUGAUCGUCAAUCAAUUGAAUUGUGUGUCAAACAGACCGUACAAAAGUUUGGAAGAAUUGACAUUCUGAUCAACAAUGCCGGAUACUACCUCUAUGGUCACGUCGAAGAUAUGUCCGACAAGGAGUUGAGAGAUAAUUUUGAUGUCAACUAUUUCGGUCCAGUAAACUUUGUCAAGUUAGCUUUACCAUUCCUCAGAGAGUCAGCCAAGACCAACACUACUGGUUCUCGUGUUCUCAACAUUGCUUCUAUGGCUGGAGUUUCUGGUAAUGAAUUCAUGGGAAUGUCAAGUUAUGUAUCUACCAAGUUUGCUCUUGAAGGAUUUUCCGAUGUUCUCUAUUCAGAGUUGAAGCCACUUAACAUUCAUGUUACUAGUGUAAAGCCUGGUGGAUUUAAGACUGAGAUCUUGACUGAGCCAUCACCAUGCUCUGCUCACUACCCAUCUGCCAACUACCCACAUGUCAGUGUUGCCAAUUGGGAUCAACAAAAGGUUGGUUUGCUUAACGGUGAUCCAGUCAAGUUGGUCGAUUUAUUGAUCAAGGUAUGCACCAAUCCAAACCCACCACAACAUUUAGUUAUUGGUCCAGAUGCCUAUGGACUUGUCAAUGGUAAAUACAAGAGAGUUCAAGACGACAUGGCUCUACUCCAAGCUGAGUGCACCGCCACAAACUUUGAUGGUAUCCCAGCCGCCGCCACCACCAACUAA